ACUCCGAUUCUGACACCACCAACGUAAAAGAAGACAGGAAACCCAAUCAGGACAAAGAACCCAAACUUUCAGCCAAUCAUAGAGCAGGAUCCUCGGCGAAUCAAAGUGUUGCAGCUGUGAGAAAGGGGCUACCAAUGAAGCGGGCUGCAUCUACUCAUGAUAUUUCUGACUCGGAUUCAGGGGAUGAUGAUGGUUCAUCUGAAGAGAUCUCCCAGUCAUUGUUGACAAGAAAAGAUAAAAAAAGCCUGGACAAGAAACAUCUGCAGUUUGGCUCUAAAGGAUCAAGCCAAGGGUCACCAUUUGACACUAAAAGUUAUAAGAUCCCUAAGAGAAGCAACUCCUCACCGGCAUCCACCAGUAAGCCAUCUAAUAAAGAAGACAAACCCAAGUGUCCAUUCGGAGCCAAGUGCUACCGCAAGAAUACCGAUCAUCGAAGAGACUUCAUACAUUCAGACAAUGAUGAGCAUGGGAUGCCUCCAACAAAGAAAUUAAAGAGGGAUGACUCGAUGAAAGCAUCCUCCUCCUCGUCAGCAACAUCUCCCGCAUCAUCAUCAUCAUCAUCAAGGAAGAGGACUUGCAUAAAUGUCAUCGGAGAAGCCUCCCCACUCAACUUCCUCCUGACCAAAGUGACGGGAAUUCCUGAGAAACACAACAACUCCCAAGCUGUACAUAUCUCUGAUAUCUUAGCUCCGUGUAUGGGGGAGCUAGUUGCAUCAGUUCAGUUCAACUACAUAUUUGAUAUUCCGUGGCUCAUGAAACAGUAUCCCGCACAAUCCAGGUCUAAACCUUUACUGAUUGUUCACGGAGAGCAGAGACAGAGUAAAGUAGCGCUGCAUGAAGCCGCCCAUCCGUACCCCAACAUCAAAUUGUGCCAAGCUAAGCUCGACAUCAUGUAUGGGACCCAUCACACUAAGAUGAUGCUGUUAUUGUAUACAAAUGGAAUGCGUGUUGUGAUCCACACAGCUAACAUCAUUAAUCAAGACUGGUUUCAAAAGACACAGGGGGUAUGGAUCAGUCCGCUCUUCCCAAAGACGGAUUCUACGUCAACGUCCACAGACUCCCCGACUUUGUUUCAGCGAGAUCUGGCUGAAUAUCUGACUGCAUACCGGUCGCCAUCAUUACAAGAAUGGAUCGGACAUAUCAGGAGUCAUGACAUGUCUGAAGCCAAGGUAUUUAUCAGUGCUUCCGUACCUGGCAGACACACAGGCAGCAAUAUGAAUAAAUGGGGACAUCUCAAACUACGUCAGGUACUAAAAGACCGUGGACCUAAGGAGUCAGAUGUGAAGUCUUGGCCUGUGAUUGGUCAGUUCUCCAGUGUUGGCUCCCUAGGUCCUGACAAAGAUAAAUGGCUGUGUAGUGAGUGGCUACAGAGUAUGGCGCAAUGCAGAGGUGUUGGUAGGAAGAUGCAGGGGGAGUCAGGGAACAAGAUGUUGAAGUUGAUCUUCCCUAGCAAGGAUAAUGUUCGGACCAGUCUGGAGGGUUACCCAGCUGGGGCCUCCAUACCUUACGGCAUCAAAACAGCAAAGAAACAACUCUACUUCAAUUCAUUCUUACAUCAGUGGGUUUCCAACUCUAGAGGGCGUUCCAGAGCUAGUCCACACAUCAAGACAUACUCCAGAAUGUCACCUGAUAGUCAGCACAUUGCUUGGUUUCUUGUGACGAGCUCCAACAUGUCUAAAGCUGCUUGGGGUGCCCUUGAAAAGAACGGACAGCAACUCAUGAUCAGAUCCUAUGAGAUGGGAGUCCUCUUCCUUCCAGAUAUCUUUGCAUCAGAGACGACAAGAUUUGCUGUGUCCAGAUCAGCUGCCUCCGAGGAUAGUGAGCUGGUGUUUCCUCUGCCUUGGGACACACCAUUAGUGCCCUAUUCCAAGGAAGAUCGGCCGUGGGUGUGGGACAUUGCAUACACUGACCUUCCAGAUCCUCAUGGUAACUGUUGGGUACCUCCAACUUGAGCUGGGAGGCAGUGACCUAAGCUGGUAGGCAAUGAACUCGGCUGGCUUAGGGACCUAAGUUGGUAGGCAGUGACCUGGCUGGCUAAGGGACUUGUAAGCUGGUAGGCAGUGACCUGGCUGGCUAAGUGACCUAAGCUGGUAGGCAAUGACCUAAAUUUGAUGUGGUUGUCAGUGACUUCAUCUGGUAGGCAGUGACCUAAGCUGGUAGGCACUAAGUCCGACCAUGAUGGGUAGUGACCUAAGCUGGCAGGCAGUGACCUUAGCUGCUGGACAGUGAUCUAAGCUGCUGGUUGUCAGUGACCCAAGCUGGUAGGCACUGACACAAGCUGGUAGGCACUGACCCAAGCUGGUAGGCACUGACCCAAGCUGGUAGGCACUGACACAAGCUGGUAGGCACUGACCCAAGCUGGUAGGCACUGACCCAAGCUGGUAGGCACUGAUACAAGCUGGUAGGCACUGACCCAAGCUGGUUGGAAUAAAGCUUGUUGGUAGUGACCUAGUGUGGUAGGAUGGUGCCACUGGAUGUGCUUAUGAUUUGAAGAAAAAAAGGGACUUGCAGAAAAAGGUUCUAGUAGGAAAAGAGACACAUCUCUGUUCUUUCAUCAUGAAAUCAAAUCAAAGCUGCUUGAGGUCAAGAGGUCAAAUUGCUGGGUUAUUGCAUUUGGGGUUAGAGGGCAGCAGAUAAAUGACAAAUUUCGCCCAGCUCCAUACAGCCUACACAGGUCAUGUAAGCCUUGCUCUGCUGUAGAAGCCAUGCCAUGAAUAUACAAAUAUUUAUCAUUGACACAAAUGGCUUGUUAAAGUUGGAAGGGAACUCUUUUAGAAUCUGAUAAAAGUCCUUUUUAGGGGCCUUAAGCUCCAGAGGUCACUCAUUGUACUCUAUCAUGACUUUCAUUAUGUCCCUUGCAGUGUUUUAUAACAUCAUUGACGUCUUGUAGUGUUCUGGAAGGGUUGACAUCGCAAAGUACUCCAAGAAAAAAAUAAGGUACACAAUUUUACCGGACCACAAUUUAUUUUCCCCACUCACCUCGGGUGAUAGCUACUGCCCCCCCCCCCCCAACACCCACCCAUUCCUAUUACCACUCAUGCAAGGCCAAUGCCAACUAUUAUAAAAGCCAAAAUGUGGAAACGAAGUCACGCCUCCAGCAGAUAUACUAUUUAUCCAUUUUAGAUGUACCGUAAUGAUAUUCCCCCAGCAGUGCCAUCAAGGCCACCCUAUCUCCAUCAACAAAUACUAACUAUGACUCCAAAUGACACUAAAUUUCAUUUGUCAUUCCUUUAGCAUCUAAAAAUAAAAACUCAGUUCUAUACGUGCGUUUGGCCUCGCUAAGGGGCCUGUGUGCAUGGUAAUAGAAUUGUCACCCCCACAGUUCAGAGACAGUUGAGUCUGGGUUUUUUCUCUCUCUUUUUUUUUGCCAUAAUGAAGUAGAAAGUGAAAAGUAGAGGGAGGUGAACAAACAUGUGGUCGCUUUUUUUUAUGUGUUUUACCUAGAUACAUAUUUUAUAAUAUUUAGCAAGUAGCCUGAGCCAAAAAAGGUUGGAGCUUCCUGGGCAAAAUGAAAUCAAGCAACAGUUUAGUGUCUUUUAUUAUUUUACUGUUGAAUGGAAUGUGAGAAUGCAAACUUCCUUUUUGAUGUAAAAUCUUUCACAAAUGCACUGUUUUAUUACAAUUUACUUCCUUACUAUAUUUAUGUAAUUUGAUUGUCUGUGAAUAAAUUGAAUUUGAAUUCCUUA